UGCCGAGCCCGCUAGACAUUUUGCCUCAGUCCGACGCGCACGCUUCGCCGGCCGGCCAUUCUUACCGAAAUAACGUACAAAAAUCCGUGUCAAUUUAACUUUAACAACUUUUUAAACAGCAUUCUAGAAUUUUGUGUACAAAACCAGUGCAUUUCCAAGUGGAACCGUGCUUCUAUAAAGGUUAUAAACUACACAUUCCAACGUGGUGUUCUGUGAAUUGGGUCAUGGUGUACAAUUUAUACGUUUCUCUAAUAUAAUUACCAAUCUAAGAAGAACCAUCUAAAUCAUGGAGGAGAUUAAAAAGGAGAUCAAUCUGGACUCCGUCUUGGAGAGUUUGGGACCAUACGGCAGAUACAACCUUCUGAACUUCGUACUGCUUCUCUUCCCUAUUCUUCUCAGCAGCUUCUUCGAAUGUGGAUUCAUAUUUGAAGCUCAGGAACUAACUUACAGAUGUGACGUGAAUGGCUGCGAGCAACGCUUCAACGACACCUCCUGGAUCAGCUAUGCCAUCCCGACCAACCAAGUACAUAACAAACCAGAGUCAUGCAUGAUGUAUGUUCCGUUGAACAACUCAGAGUUCCAGUGCCUACCCCACAAUUUUGAUUUGAACAAAACCAUGGCCUGUGACAAAUUCGUCUAUGAAGAUGAACAUUCACUAGUAAAAGAGUUCAACCUUGGCUGUCAGGAAUGGAAGAGGGCUUUGGUUGGAACCAUUCACAACUGUGGGAUGUUCGUUGCAAUGUUGUUCACUGGCGCCAUAUCUGAUCGGUUUGGGAGGAAAAUGGCUGUAGGAUUCGCGGCCACUACCAGCUUUAUAUUCGGUUUCUCCAGAUCGUUUGCGCCAAAUUACCUGACCUAUGUAGCAUUACAUUUCUUGGAGGCGGCCUUUGGUGGCGGAUUGUACCCGUCAGCUUAUGUCUUUAUUAUCGAGCUGGUUGGCCUUAAACAGCGAGUUAUAGUAUCCGCCAUGUGCAAUAUGACCUUUGUCAUAGGCGUCGUCCUCAUUGCCCUCCUUGCUUGGGUGGUUGAAAGCUGGCGUACCUACAUCCUCAUUCUCUACUGCCCAGCCUUAAUUGUGGUCAUCUACAUCUGGUUCAUGAACGAAAGUGCCCGCUGGCUCCUGAGUAAAGGCAAAAGGGACAAAGCUGUCUCCGUACUUAAAAAAGCAGCAAAAAUAAACAAUUUGGAUCCAAGGAAACUUGAACUGGACUUCUUGGGAGAUCCUUUACUUAAGGCUGAGAGUCAGACGACGGAUAAGAAGUCUCAAUUGUCAAAAGCGAUUCGUUCAAGCAUAAUAUGGAAAAGACUGAUGAUUUGUUCGUUUUUAUGGAUGACUUGUUCCCUGGUAUACUAUGGGCUGUCAAUAAACUCUGUGUCUUUAAGCAGUAAUAGGUACGUGAGCUUCAUGCUGGUGACUUUGGUGGAGAUCCCAGCGUAUAUUGUGGUUGUGAUAGUACUGGACAAGUAUGGGAGGAAACAGACGCUGGUCGCCACCUACCUUACUUGCGCGUUGAUGAGUUUGCUGUUCGCAUUCUUGCCUAGAAACGACUACUGGUCCAUACCCCUGUACCUGAUUGGCAAAUGGAGUGUGACUCUCGCCUACAGUUCCGUCUAUAUCUACGUGUCUGAGGUGUUCCCUACAAACAUGAGACAAACUUUAAUAAGCAUGUGCUCCAUGGCUGGAAGGAUCGGCUCCCUUAUAGCGCCGAUGACUCCAUUAUUGUCUUUGUACCACAAAUCGAUGCCGACAGUAAUAUUCGCUGCCAUGUGCCUCAUAUCCAGCACCCUGGUGAUGAUGCUCCCGGAGACCAGGAACAUGAGGCUACCAGACACGAUCGAGGAAGCAGAGGCACUCUCCAAGAAGAGAACCAAGAAUUGAGGCUGUUUACCCAUUAUUUAAGUAGGUAUAACCAAAAUUGUAGAAAAGUUAAUCUUAUUCCAAUGAAUUGUCCAAAAUUAAUAAAGACAUUGUGGAUGCACAUCAAUGUACCCUCGAUUAUUUAAUAGAUUUUCUGCCGUAUUGUGCUGAGUGCUAAGGUUGAAAAUCUAUUAACAGAUUGGGGCAGCUUAAUGCGUUAGUAAUUAGAUUAUUUUGUAAGGAUGUUAAAAUUUUUUUAGGGACGAAUUUUGUGAUUCCAUUUGUUUGUGUACCCAAGCCGUGUUAAUAGUAAAUACUUAUUUCGUACAGUAUUGGCGAAAUCUAACCUUAAAGGUUAGUGACACUUAAAAAGAUUACUUAUUGUAACGAUGGUAAGGUUUAAACUUGUAUCUAGAAGACCACUUAAUUUUGAAAAUAUGUUUAUUAGAUACUUAAAUGCCUCGUUGGCCGAGUGUUUGAAAGUGCGACUGCCGAGC